AGUUCUGUUAUUCUGCAGGGUCUACCGACAGGGACGAAACAUUUUUGACAGAUUCACAGUUAACUUGGCCGACAAGUGCAUACUGCAAAGAAAUCGCCCAAAACAAGAGAAGGAAGACAGCGCAAAUUAUUCUAAUUCUUGUUCAGGCGAAAUUUUUGGAUGAAGGCACGCGGGUUCAGUUUUUUGUUGUCAGUUAUAAUUUGGGUGCCAUACACUUAUAAAUCGGAGUUCGUCAAACGCCAUAGAUGGCAGAAAGUCGUACUUCUUUCUCGAUUAAUGACAUAUUAACCCGAGGACGCGAGUCUCAGUUUACUAGUCCUGUCACCAGAAGAAACCCACAUUUAUGUGUACUUGAUAAAUCUGAUCUACAGAUGAAACCUGUAAGCAGGAAGGAGGGAUGGAACCAUGUCUCCCCCAAGGAUUACAGUGAACAGAAAAAGCGGAUUCGGUUUGAGGUGAAGUCGAACAUUCAGAGUACAAGGAUCAUGGCAGGACAAUGCAAGCAGUACGUCCGACACAGCUCUUCAUCUGACGAAACCUCUUGUGAAGAUGGAUCCACUGGUGAGGAACCAGAAUAUGACGACUGCGACAAAGCCAAGAAUAAACAACUGCCAGAUAUAGAGCAAGUGAAACUGGAGAGUUGCGGCCUUGGUGAUCACCCCAAUUCCAGCAAGAAACGUUCUCGAGCAGCCUUCACUCACGCGCAGGUUUAUGAGCUGGAGAGACGCUUUAAUUUGCAGCGGUACCUCUCUGGUCCAGAACGAGCAGACCUGGCCGGAGCUCUUAAACUAACAGAAACCCAGGUGAAGAUCUGGUUCCAGAACAGGAGAUACAAAACUAAACGACGCCAAAUGGCAGCUGAAUUCGCAGCAAGUUCCCCGCCAGCAAUGGCCAAAAAAGUCGCGGUAAAAGUACUGGUGAGGAACGACCAGAAGCAAUACAGAACCGAGGAGUUAUCCAGUUCACCUGUCAUUCCACUGUAUCAAGCCUAUCAAUAUUAUCCAUACAUGUACUGCUUUCAGCCUUGGUUGUCAAACGGGGCGUUAUGCGGAGGAAUGUAUUAACCUUGAAAAAAACUCUGAGCCACAGUAAAAUCCCCUCAAUGCCUCCCAUUUUUUUUUAUAAUUAUGCAAUUAACUUGGGGGGGGGGGGUCUGCUUAAAGUCUUCAAAUUAUGCCUAUGGAGCAUUGUGAUGUUGAAAGAACAUUUCUCAGUUUAGCAGGAACGUUUUUAUUCGAUAAAUUUACUUGUAUGAAGGGCUCAUGAGGGUAGCAUUCGUACUGAUUUUCGCUUGACCUCAGGUCUUUUAAAUGAGUAAUUACUUGAUUGUCAAGUCCGUCCACCUGUUUCAAGUGUUGAUCCGGCGAAAGUCAGGAAGUUUAUUUUAAAACUUGUAAGAUUUUAGUCGAGGACAAGGAUUCAGCGUCAAUGAAAAAUCAACGCGUUUCAUGUGAAUAAUAUGUAAAGAAUUAGCAACAUGUAUAGAAUUUCAUGAUACGAAUUCGCACAUGGAUGUGCAAAGCGUUGUAAUGCACAAUAUAAAAUCAAGUGUUUGCAUUAAAUUUUUCCACAAUCGCAAGGAAGGUUUACUCCCAAAAGAAACCUGCAAUGCGCUUCAAUUUAGUAUUACAUUAGGUCAGUGAUUUUGAGUAUUAUUUUUAUGCAUAUUUUCACUUUGAAUGUUGUGAUUAUUUGGUUGCGAGGGGAAAUAAUGUUUGUAGGUGUCUGCAAAAAUUAAUACAUCGUCAAUAAACAAUAUAAAUACAA